UCGUGUGGCCAAAGCCGAUGUCAGUGGAGAGAAGGAAAGGAUAAUUGUCCCGCAGAAGGCAGCCAAGGCCUGUGGGUGCAUCACCUUGGCAGUGGAUCCUCAGCGCCAUUCCACACUUGAGACGGCCACAGCCCCUGACGGCCUCAUGACUGCAACCCUGAGAGACCCUGAGCCAAGAACCACCUGGCUAGACCACUCUGGAUUCCCAAGCCACGGAGGCCAUGUGAGAGACGACAGCGUGUUGAAAAUGUUAAAGGCUGUGCUGAAGAAGAGCCGAGAGGGAGGAAAGGGAAGCAAGAAGGAAGCCGGAGGAGACUUCGGUCCUGAGACUUCUGCAGUCCUGCCUCCUGGCGACUCUCCCAUCAGCAGCCUUCCCCUAGCAGAGGACACCUAUAGGGUGAGCUUGGCCAAAGGUGUCUCAAUGUCUCUGCCUUCAUCGCCCUUGCUGCCUCGACAGUCUCACUUGGUGCAGUCAAGAUCAAACAAAAAGUCCCCAGGUCCCGUCAGGAAGCCCAAGUAUGUGGAAAGCCCCAGGGUGCCCGGAGAUGCAGCGCUAAUCCCGUUCAGAGAAGUGGCCAAGCCAGCAGAGCCCAGUGAGAAUGAAGCAAAGGCUGAUAAUGAACCGAGCUGUUCGCCGGCAGCUCAAGAACUGUUGACAAGGCUGGGAUUUUUACUGGGAGAAGGGAUCCCGAGUGCCACACAUAUAACCAUGGAAGACAAAAACGAAACCAUGUGCACAGCUCUGAGCCAAGGCAUCAGCCCUUGCUCCACACUGACAAGCAGCACCGCAUCUCCUAGCACCGAUAGCCCCUGCUCAACUUUGAAUAGCUGUGUCAGCAAGACGGCAGCCAACAAAAGCCCCUGUGAGACCAUUAGCAGCCCCAGCUCCACCUUGGAAAGCAAGGACAGUGGAAUCAUAGCCACAAUUACGAGUUCUUCUGAAAAUGAUGACCGGAGUGGCUCCAGUUUGGAGUGGAAUAAAGACGGAAGCCUAAGGUUAGGGGUUCAGAAGGGAGUGCUUCAUGAUCGCAGGGCAGAUAACUGCUCCCCGGUGGCAGAAGAGGAGCCCCCUGGGCCGGCGGAGAGCGGCCUGCCCAAAGCGGAAUCCUCAGCUGGAGAUGGUCCAGUCCCCUAUUCUCAGAGCUCCAGCUCGCUAAUAAUGCCGCGGCCCAACUCAGUUGCAGCAACAAGCUCAACGAAGUUGGAAGAUCUGAGCUACUUAGAUGGACAGAGAAAUGCCCCUCUAAGAACAUCAAUUCGAUUACCAUGGCACAAUACGGCAGGAGGUAGGGCACAGGAAGUUACAGCACGAUUUGCUCCAUAUAAGCCACAAGACAUCUUGUUGAAACCCCUGCUGUUUGAAGUACCAAGCAUAACGACGGACUCUGUGUUUGUGGGAAGGGACUGGCUCUUUCACCAGAUAGAAGAGAACUUGAGGAACACGGAACUGACAGAAAACAGAGGAGCGGUUGUCGUUGGGAACGUGGGAUUUGGGAAGACAGCAAUCAUUUCCAAGUUGGUGGCACUUAGCUGCCAUGGGAGCCGCAUGAGGCAGAUUGCCUCCCACAGCCCCAGCUCGUCACCCAAGGCGGCGGAUCCCUCCCAGGAGCUUCCUUUCGCUCCGCUGCUCUCACCGGCUUCUUCUACAAGUGGUCCCAAUGCGGCUAAAGCACCUGCUGGGUCUGGGGCCCCCGAAAACCAGAGACCAAGAGAGGAUGCAGUAAAAUACCUCGCUUCUAAGGUGGUGGCCUACCACUACUGCCAGGCUGACAACACGUACACCUGCCUGGUCCCCGAGUUCGUGCACAGCGUGGCGGCCUUGCUCUGCCGCUCCCAUCAGCUGGCCGCCUACAGAGACCUUCUGAUCAAGGAGCCACAGCUGCAGAGCAUGCUCAGCCUCAGAUCCUGCGUGCAGGACCCCGUGGCCGCUUUCAAGAGGGGUGUGCUGGAGCCGCUCAUCACCCUGAGAAACGAGCAGAAAAUUCCUGAAGAAGAGUACAUUAUCUUGAUAGAUGGCUUAAAUGAAGCUGAGUUUCAUAAACCUGAUUAUGGAGAUACACUUUCUUCAUUUAUUACCAAAAUAAUUUCUAAAUUUCCUGCCUGGCUGAAGUUGAUUGUGACUGUGCGUGCGAAUUUUCAGGAAAUCAUAAGUGCACUGCCCUUCGUCAAGCUCUCCUUGGACGACUUUCCAGACAACCAGCACAUCCACAGCGACCUGCAUGCCUACGUCCAGCACAGGGUGCAGAGCAGCCAGGACAUCCUCAGCAACAUCUCCCUGAACGGCAAGGCGGACGCCGCCCUCAUCGGGAAAGUGAGCAGCCACCUGGUCCUGCGCAGCCUCGGCUCCUACCUGUACCUCAAGCUCACCCUGGACCUCUUCCAGAGGGGCCACCUGGUCAUCAAAAGUGCCAGCUACAAGGUGGUGCCGGUGUCUCUGUCUGAGCUCUACCUGCUGCAGUGCAACAUGAAGUUCAGGACGCAGUCGGCCUUUGAGCGAGUGCUCCCCAUUCUGAACGUGGCCCUAGCAUCCCUGCACCCCAUGACGGACGAGCAGAUAUUCCAGGCUGUGAACGCCGGCCACGUCCAUGGGGAGCAGGGAUGGGAAGACUUUCAGCAGCGGAUGGAUGCCCUCUCCUGCUUCCUCGUCAAGAGGAGAGACAAAACCCGCAUGUUCUGCCACCCCUCCUUCAGGGAAUGGCUCGUGUGGAGGGCAGACGGCGAGAACACAGCCUUCCUGUGCGAGCCCAGGAAUGGACAUGCACUCCUGGCGUUCAUGUUCUCGCGGCAAGAGGGCAAGCUGAACCGCCAGCAGACCAUGGAGCUCGGCCACCACGUCCUGAAGGCGCACAUCUUCAAGGGCCUCAGUAAGAAGACGGGAAUCUCAUCGAGCCAUCUCCAAGCCCUGUGGAUCAGUUACAGCACCGAAGGGCUGUCUGCUGCCCUCGCAUCUCUCAGGAAUCUCUAUACUCCCAACGUGAAGGUGAGCCGUCUCCUGAUCUUGGGAGGGGCCAACGUGAACUACAGGACGGAAGUGUUAAACAACGCCCCCAUCCUGUGCGUCCAGUCUCACCUCGGCCACGAGGAGGUCGUCACUCUGCUCCUGGAGUUCGGCGCCUGCCUGGACGGGAUGUCGGAGAACGGCAUGACCGCCCUGUGCUACGCGGCAGCUGCUGGCCACAUGAAGCUGGUGUGUCUGCUGACCAAGAAGGGGGCGAGGGUGGACCACUUGGAUAAGAAAGGCCAGUGUGCGCUGGUCCACAGCGCCCUGCGGGGCCACAGUGACAUCCUCCGCUUCCUGCUGACCUGUGAGUGGUCAGUGGGGCCGCCACAGCCGGGGACACUGAGGAAGAGCCAAGCCCUGCAGCAGGCGCUGACUGCCGCCGCCAGCAUGGGCCACAGCUCGGUGGUCCAGUGCUUGCUGGGAAUGGAAAAGGAACAUGAAAUAGAAGUCAAUGGCACCGACACACUGUGGGGAGAAACAGCCCUGACAGCCGCCACGGGACGGGGCAAGCUGGAGGUGUGCGAGCUGCUGCUGGAGCAUGGAGCCGCCGUGUCUCGGACCAACAGGAGAGGGGUCCCACCUUUGUUCUGUGCCGCACGCCAGGGGCACUGGCAGAUCGUGAGGCUGCUGUUGGAGCGCGGCUGCGACGUGAACCUGAGUGACAAGCAGGGCCGGACGCCCCUCAUGGUGGCCGCCUGUGAAGGCCACUUGAACACUGUGGAGUUUCUCCUCUCCAAAGGCGCUGCGCUUUCUUCUCUGGACAAAGAGGGCCUGUCGGCGCUGAGCUGGGCUUGUCUGAAAGGCCACCGGGCCGUGGUCCAGCAUCUGGUGGAGGAGGGAGCCGAGAUAGACCAGACAGACAAGAACGGCCGCACGCCCUUGGACCUGGCUGCCUUCUGUGGCGACGCUGACACUGUGCUGUAUCUGGUGGAGAAGGGAGCCGUGAUCGAGCACGUGGACCACAGUGGAAUGCGUCCCCUGGACAGAGCCAUCGGCUGCCGAAACACCUCUGUGGUGGUGACACUCCUCAGGAAAGGAGCCAAACUGGGAAAUGCUGCGUGGGCGAUGGCCACCUCCAAACCUGAUAUUCUGAUUAUACUCUUGCAGAAAUUGAUGGAGGAAGGAAAUGUGAUGUACAAAAAAGGGAAGAUGAAGGAGGCGGCGCAGAGGUACCAGUACGCCCUAAGGAAGUUCCCCCGAGACGGGCUCGGAGAGGACAUGAGGCCGUUCAACGAGCUGAGGGUUUCCCUCUAUCUCAACCUGUCGCGCUGCCGAAGGAAAACGAACGACUUCGGCAUGGCAGAAGAGUUUGCUUCCAAGGCCCUCGAAUUGAAACCCAAGUCCCAUGAAGCCUUCUAUGCCAGGGCGAGGGCGAAGAGAAACAGCAGGCAGUUCCUGGCAGCACUGGCGGACUUGCAGGAGGCUGUGAAGCUCUGUCCCAGCAAUCAGGAAAUCAAGCGGCUCCUGGCCCGCGUGGAAGAGGAGUGCAAGCAGCUACAGAGGAGCCAGCAGCAGAAACAGCCGGGCCCGCCGCCGGCUCCUCACAACGACUCCGACAAUGAAGAGGAGGUCCCGGCCGCAGGCCUCGACGACCGCUUCGAUCUAGAGGAGGUGGAAGAGGAAGAAACGUCUCCCCCGGAGGAGCCCGUCUCCCCGCCGCCCAGGUGCCAGCCGUCGCCCUACAUCCGGAACCUUCAAGAAGGGCUGCAGUCCAAAGGCCGGCCCAGCUCGCCCCAGAGCAGGGCCGCUGUGGGCAAGCCCCUGCGGGAGCCUGUGGCCCAGCCAGGGCUCAUCCUGCAGCCCAGCAAACAGGCGCAGAUCGUGAAGACGAGCCCGCGGCCGGCACCCAGCCCGGGAGCGAGGGCCGUGCCCCAGAACCCUCCGCCGAGUCCCAUGCCCCCUCGGAUCCCUGCGGCCACGGCGGGCAGAGGCCAGCAUGUGGAGGGAGCAGGCCUCGUCCACGCGGGCGCGGGCUGUAGCCACGGAGGGGAACGGCGUGGCCCCAGCCACCACGCUCAGCUGCCCGGCCAGGUGAAAGCCCCGGGGGCUGUGGACGCGGCCUCCCUGGCCAGUUCCGGCUCUUCGGGGUCUCCCUGCAGCAGCAUAAAGAUGUCAAGUUCAACCAGCAGUUUGACGUCAAGCAGCAGCUUCUCCGACGGCUUCAAGGUCCAAGGUGCAGACGCGCGGAUGAAAGACAAGGCUGGCCACCAGGUCCUUGGUGGCACGGCGGAGCACAGGCCCCGCAACACCCCGUUCAUGGGCAUCAUGGACAAGACGGCCCGGUUCCAGCCGCAGAGCCACCCCACGCACCGCACCUGGCACUGCCAGGGCACCGAGGGGCUCCUGCCGGGCCCGGCCCCUGCAGCUGGCCUGCAGGCCUCGAACUCUGAGAAGCCCCCGCUCAAGCCCGGAGGCACCUACGCUAACCAAGCCAAAGCCUGCCCCAUGGGUGGCAGCGUCCGCAACGGGGCGCAGGGGAAGCAGCUGGAAGAGGCCCCCUGUCAGGACAGCAGGGUCGCCAAGGGCGUCUCUCACCUGUAUCACGAAGGCCUGGUGAAGCCGCAGCCUCACGCUGGCGGCGAGGUGCACCGGAGCCACUUGCCCUCGGGCAAGCCGAAGCGAUCGUUCAUAGAGUCCAACGUGUGAGCCCGCGCCGCACCUGGAGGGCGGCGUGCGCCUGGGGACGGAGCAUCCCGUGGGCUCUUUCAUUUAACACACACACCCACCUUUUUAGCUGUAUUUUUUCCCUUUCUUCCUCUGGGGUGAAUCUAAUGUUAUUGAUAUAUUUAAAAAUAUGGAAUAAAACUUAUAAAGAGCUAGAAGCCACCUUAAAUAAGAACAAGAAACGGAAUCGAAAAUAAUAAUUAGCUGUACCUAUCAACUUCAAAAUAUAAGACAGCCAAGCAGAUAUUAACUCGUGCUUUUCUCCUGAAAUGAUUUGGUUUUAAUCACUUUUCUCGUAGCUUUUGCUAUGUGGCAAAAUCAGUAUUUGCUUAGAGAAUACAAAUGCCCACUGACAGAGAAGGGUAGGUGUAACUCAUGGUGUAAAGUCCACGUAAAGUCUUCUGAAAAAGAAUUUUCAAGUUGCAGUCCACUGAGUCAGAUCCCGAUUUUAUUUAUACAUGUAAGAGCAUAAAACUAGGACCUGAGUGAUUUCUAGCUAAAUAUGACUGUAAACAUAGUAGGGUUGGGUUUUUUUGUUUUUUUGCUUUUUUUAAAAGCAAAAUAUGAGAACAUACAAGUAUUGAUCCCUUGAUAGCAAUUCCUUUAAGAGGAUUGUACACUUAUUUCCAUCCUAUGGGUCUUCAUAAGAUACUUAGAGCACCUUUUUUGAAGCUGUAUUUGUGCCUCAAGGUGUUCUGGAUAUUGGGAACAGUACAGAAGCUAUUUGGAAUCGGGACUGGUGAGCAAGCUGGGGCCUGCGGCAAUGCCAGGCAGUGUUCUCUGGCACUUGGAGACGAGCUCUCGCCUGGCUCCAGAACCACUGGGGACAAUGACAGUGCUCCUGGAGCAAGCCUUCCACGGUCCUCUAAGGACAGCAGUAAAUCUGGACACUUAAAAGGUAUGGCUGGUCAUUGCUCCUGCUUUAUCGUACAAUCAUUCCUUUAUGGGUACAUGCCAUUUAUAUGAAGUAGCCCAGUUUUCUCCAGACUUGUAAAUAGAAGGAUUUCAAGGCAGUUCAUUUACAAACAGAGCCCCAGUCACACAUCUGCAUGUUCUCUGUCAGCUUCCCCCGUGCUGGGACUGCACUGAAUGGCAUUCGGGCAUGCUAGCAGUGUACCAGUAAGGCACUUUAUCUCAUUAUACGAACACCUCUGAGGUGCUACGCAAGUCCAACCUGAUGUAUUAUCCACUUGUAAAGUUAAGGUACAGGAAUGAACCUUGGUUUAAAGGUAUUUUUCUAUGAAAAUGGGUGUUAUUGGAGGAUGUUAAAAAUGCUAGUUUGAAAGAGGUGGGAGAGUAUUUGUUUUCUAUGUUGGGAUGUGAAGUUUAUUUUCUAGAACCAGGGAGAAGGAAGUUCUAUAUUUGCAGAAUGUUUUAAUGCAUCGUCGCGGUGACGUUCCUGAGGGCAGCAUCGCGGUUCACACGGCAGCACUGUGGCGUGCCUCCCGGCCCCGUGUACAGCGUGCUGCGGACAGUGGCCGGCCCCUUUUUUACGAGCUUUCCGUGAGGUCUGCUAUUACUGUGGCUUAUUUAUUGUUUUCCUUAAUAUUUGUGAAAGUCUUACUCUUUUGUUACGUAGUUUUGUUUCUGCACAACUACUGUACUUUUCCAUCCAGAAUAAAGACUGUUAAUAGAAUUGGUUCUGUAUCAACUGAUUUGACAGUUAAGUAGAAAAAUACCCUGGUGCCAGCUGUUUGCCUUGCUUUAAUCCAUGUUACCCUCAAGAAAAGAGUGAAAGCAUAUUUUGUAUUAAUACUACCAAAAGUGUAUCUGGCUUCACGUUGUGCUUUCAGAACAAGAGUGACAUCUUCAGAAACUCCAGAAUACUCAUGGUCAAAUCGGUCUCUUUGCCUUACAUGGGAAGCACGAAGGAGAGCAGUCUGUCAUUUCUGACAUCUCUUUUUACUGGCAACAGUGCAUCUUCAAUACCAGGACUAAGACUGGCAGCCCCAAACUCUGCGGAGGGCUUGUUCCCGGCCUGUUCGUGUUAUCUGGAGGUUAAAAGCGUGUACUUGUCUGUGCUGACAGGUUUCAAAGUUGUGUGAAGGGGAGCAAACAGCAAACUGUUGGUAUCACGAAAGUUCUAAUUUGGAAUCUUAAACCCAAGAUUACUUUAGGUUACUGUCUACUGACUAUUGCUAGCGAGUGUUAAGUAUUUUCAGUCUCACUUUAAAGCCAUACAGUGAAAUUAUUAUUAAAAACAAAAAAUGGGGCAGGGAGGAAAAACUGUUAUCAGCUAAUAGAUAAUUCUCGUCACUGAUUUCCUGUACAGCAGCCAGUGUAUCAGUAUUAAACAUGACGUUUUUAUUUUGAUCGAAGGUAUACAUAUAUAUUUUUUAUUCUUCUUCCAACUUAUUUGAGGUGGAGAGACAGGUCCUAUCUGCAGAUUCAUGCUUCAAAAUGCCUGCAGUGGUGGGGGCAGGGCGAUGCAGGAGGACCAAAGCUGGGAGCUGGGUCUCCCACAUGGGUGGCAGGGACUCGGCUACUUAGCUAUCACCUCUGCCUCCCAGGGCCUGCAUUAGCAGGGAGCUGCCGCCCGGGGCUGAGCCCAGUACUCCCGUGUGCCAUGUGGCAGCGUCUUACCCACCAGGCUAAAGGCCUGCCCCGUUUUGAUGCAUUUGCAGUACAGAUGUGUUUGUAAUUUGUCUGUGUUGUGGAAAACAGGUCCUUGGGUUUGGUAAGUUAUUGGCAUCUAAGUUUUCUCAUUUUAUUUUACAGGAAACUUUCCUGGUGAAACAGAAAAGCAAAGUUUUUUUUUUUUUUUUUUUCUUUUAAAGAUUUAUUUAUUUGACAGGCAGAGGCAGAGAGAAAGAAGUCUUUGAUCUGCUGGUUCACUCCCCAAAUGGCUGCAAUGGCUGGGGCGGGGCUGAUCCAAAGCCGGGAGCUAGGAGCUUCUUCCAGGUCUCCGUGGGUGCAGGGGCCCAAGGACGUGGGCCAUCUUGUGCUUUCCCAGGCCAUAGCAGAGAGCUGGAUCAGAAGUGGAGCAGCUGGGACUUGAACCGGCACCCCUGUGUGAUGCCGGCACUGCAGACUGUGGCUUUACCUGCUACACUACAACACUGGUCCCACAAAGUACUUUCUUUAGCAUGUCUACAAAAAUAACUUUUUUUUUUUUUUUUUUUAUUCUUGCAGUGAUAGUGACUUACGUAAAACCAGCAUCCUCCUUUGGGAAUUAAAUCUGUUCAUCAAAACCAAACAACAGCUGAGGGGCAGGGCACUGCAGCACAGCUCAGAACAGCCAUGUGAGGAGUCAGUACAACCUUAACUUCCUCAGCUGUACAGUUUCUUCUCGGUGCAUUGUCAGGGCGUUGUAAUAAAUAUCAAAGCUGUUGUGUAAAAAUACCCUGGUCUGGUCACCCUAGUUUGAAUUGUAUGUGAGGACUGGUUUUGUUUUUUCAAAUACAACAUACAAACUUUAUUUAACAAAACAGGGAAGUCAAACAAGCACUUACAUCUGAGACACCGGCCAGAGGAAACACCUUCCUGCUUGCAGCUGCAUUAACUGAGCUCUGCUGCUGUGAAGAAUACAGCAUGCACAGGCAUGGAUGAAGAUGUGUGCACGCCUCAAGUAUUCACUGACUACUCCCUUCUGUACACAUACACAUGAACUUGGGAAGAGCUGACGAUCUCCGGGCACACUUCAUUUCUGUUGAUCUUUUGGAAGAGGUCGUCUGAAGAGAAGAAUAUGCGGCUCUGGCUCAUGAAUCAUGUAGUGAACCCACUCUAGACUCUGCUGCACGCCAGGUCACCUCCAUCCGUCCUCAGACAGCAGGUGGAUUUCGGGUACUUGUUUGCAGAGUUCUCUGGGUAACGUGACAUGCCAGUGCUCGUAGUGGUCAAUCCCUUUCUGCAUCUCAGCAAAGUCAACUUAUUCCUGACUAUUUACACAACCUAAUUUGUACCUAGGUUUGGACAAUGAGGGAAAGGUACCAUCCUGCAAUUAAAAAUCCAACAAAAAUGCUUAUCAGACAAGGUCCGAAGUAAUUUGCUCAACUGGACCAUCUAUAAUUAUUUUGCUGCAGUCUUUUUAAAAUAUCUUAAAGAAUUACCAAAUGAAUGGGUAUUAACUAGUAUGUAAAUAUGUCACAUAUUCUAGAGUAUUCCAAUCUUUAGUUACUUUGGGAUAUGACCUAAACCUAACAAUAAAUUUGGACACUGCAACUUAAAGAUGAAAUA